AUGAGCAGCAGGAACCCGCCCACCCUCUGUGAGCUUGCCAUCCAGAGUAUGUUGCAGGAUGAGGCCACAACCAUUGCUUGUCUUGACUGGCUGCCCACAGCACUCUUCCCACCCCUGUUCAAGGCAGCUGUUGCCGGGGGACACAGUGGCAUAGUGAAAGCCAUGGUGGCGUCCUGGCCCUUCAUCCGUCUCCCCCUGGGUGCUCUUAUGAAGCCUGGGAGUUCUCACCAGUCCACCUUAAAGGCUGCAUUGGAUGGUCUGGAUAACCUGCUUUCCCAGAAGGUUCAACCCAGGAGAUGCAAACUGAUGGCGCUGGAUUUGCGCCUGGACACUGUCACCAACUUCUGGAAUGUGUUUGGAACCCAGUCCAGUACUUCCGAGCCCUCAUUACAGACGCCCACGACCCCUCAGUCAUGGUCUAAGGCUCAAGAAGGGGACCAUUCAGGAUCAGUGGAGAAGCAUCAGUCCUUGGGCCGCUUGGAGGUGCUCACAGACUUGUGCUUUCAGGAGGCCUUUCCAGAUAAACUCCUCACCUUCCUGAUUGAAAGGGUCAUGGAGAGAAAGGGCCUGCCACACCUGCGCUGUAGGAAGCUGCAAUUUAUAGGAACCACAUCACUACUUCCUGUUUUUGGGGACAUCCUGAACAUGGUUCAACUGGACGCUGUCCAGGAGGUGGAAAUGCAUUGCUCAUGGGACCUGCACAGCCUCAACUUGUUUGCUCCUCACCUGGCCCAGAUGGUUCACCUGAACACACUCCAUCUCUCUGGAAUCUUCCUGAAUUGUGCAAUGUUUUGUCAAGAGAACGAGGUGGCAAACCUACUUGCCCAAUUCACCUCUCCGUUCCUCGGUCUGCAUCAUCUCCAGCACCUCAUCCUGGACUCUGUCUUCCUCAAAAAUUGCCUCCACAAACUGCUCGGGUGCCUGCAGACCCCGUUGGAGACUCUCCGCAUAAGUCACUGCAGCCUCGUGGCCUCUGACUCGACAUGCCUGUCCUUGUGUGCUUGCACCAGUCAACUGCGGUCUCUGGGUUUGAGUGAUGUAUUCAGGGGUGGUGUGAGUCAUGCAUUCCUCCCAGGUCUGCUGCGGAGGGUCUCAGCCACCCUGACGCACCUUCACUUAGCUGCUUGUGGGAUCACCGACUCGGAGCUCCGUGCCUUGCAGCCUGCUCUGGGCCUCUGCUCCCAGCUCAGCACGCUGGUGUUGUGUGGAAACUCAGUCUCCAUGGCUGCCCUGCAGGCCCUGCUGCAACACACCAUCCCCUUGUGCAAGUUCACCCUCCUGGAGCUCCCUGUCCCUCUGCAUUGCUACGUUGGCUCCCAGAGCUCUCUACUCUGGGGUUCUCUUGUGUAUGUGAUAGAGGACCUGAAGCUGACCUUACAGCCCCUCAGGCCCUGUUCAGUCAUCUUUUCUCCCAAGCAUGACAGCAGCUCGUGGGACACGAUCAUCAUCCAUCUGUACAGCUGA